CAUCCAAGUAGAACUUUAUAAGAAAGCAUACACGUUCGUAUAUUUUGUCAAGCUGUAUUUAUUAUUAUUAAAUUCUUACGAAAAGCAGAAAAACUAAAAUGACUUCCGCUACGGUAAGAAAUGUGCCGCUACUUGAUGAUGACACGAUACCUUUUGGGGAGGAAGAUGAAAUGCAAGAUCCCGGCGCACUAAAAAAGUACACACAUCCUUAUGUUACAUUCUUCCAUCUGUUUUUUCGUGGAACAGCAAUUGUGCUAUAUAUGUGUUGUGAUUUGCUUAGUGAAUCCUUCAUAACUAGUUUUGUAUUCGUGGUGUUGUUUCUUUCAGCGGAUUUUUGGACUGUAAAAAAUAUAACUGGUAGACUGCUCGUAGGCCUACGCUGGUGGAAUUACGUAAAUGAUGAAGGUGUCUCUCACUGGGUAUAUGAAGCUAAAAAGGGAAAAAUUAAUAAACAUGAAGCGCGCAUAUUUUGGUUAGGUUUAACAUUGUGUCCCAUGUUCUGGGGAUUAUUUUUCAUAAUAGACUUGUUUGGUUUGAAAUUUAAAUGGCUAUUGCUGGUAAUGAUAGCCUUAGCCUUGAAUUGCGCCAAUCUAUACGGUUACAUUAAAUGUAAUUUCGGUGCUAACAAAGAUCUGAAUACGGCGGCCAGCAACUUUGUAAAAACUCAAAUUUUCAAGAACGCUAUGGAUAUUAUCACAAAACCAGCUCCGCAGCCGUCUACAGUACAACCCGCUGGUGUUGUCUAAUCUCCAUUGUUAACUUUGGUCGUUCCACAUGGAUUUAAGUAUUUUGUUAAUAUUUAAUUUAUCUAUUAAUUAAAUAAUCUUUUUUUUUUUUAUAAAAAUUUGA